AUGGUGGGCCUCCUCGACCUCCCGCUCGAGCUUCGAGAGCCAAUCCUCGUCGACGUCGUCCUGGACACCACUCAACAGCCGCCUGAUGACCCUGCCUCGGCCGAACGGAGCGAAGAUUACAAAGUCAUGGAAACCAGUGAUCUCAAUACCGACCCAUGGGGUCACGUCCAUUGCAAACCCCUCCAACGUCAUGCGAUGCCAUUGCUACAUGUCAAUCAACAAAUACGUGCCAAGAUCAUUGACCUGGUGCCUCGAAAACUGGCCCAAGGGGUCGACGACGCCAAGUUGGAUGUCCUCUUCGUAGAACGCACUGAUCGGCAAUUUUGGGCGACCUGGCUCUCAGCACCAUUUCCCACCAACAUUCUGAACAAUUUACACGUACAAAUUCGAGACUUUCAGAUACCCAGCUUCUUUUCUCGUUUUAUAGUGCUUCAGAACCUCAGCACCAGGGAUGAUUGCAAUCAUUGGGUAGACCCAAAAUCUGCUGAAAUGCUACUCAAGUUCCUGACCGACUUCUUACGCCCACGGACGGGAAAAACCUCAAUUCAUAAGAGUCAGAGAAUCGCAGGCGCGGAUGGAAGCCACCCAGCCAGCCGCACGAUCCAGAAUCUCGUCAUCGACGUUCCCUUCGACCCAGACCAGCAGGAUUCGCUGGAGGGACGGGUACGAUGCUUGUGGUGUACGGGUCCGGGUAACAUCUCCAACUAUCAUGCCCGUCGCAGGAUCCCGUCCGGAAAGCGCGCCGCUUUGAUCUUUGCCCAAUCUCUGCACAAGCAGCUGAUUCACAUCUUUGAGACGGCACCCACGGGCUGGUGUACCAUGAGUUUCCCUAGAAUCAUAUUCGAAGCCAUUGGUACGAUUCAUCUCAAGGUCUAUGGGAGGCCAUUCGGAAGCCUGGACUUGAGUCAAAUACUCGCGGAGCUGCCCCAUAGCGAGGAGUGGAAUGAGGACCGCAUCAGCAGGGCCGAGUUCUUUCAAUGGAAGAGAGCGGCUGAGGAAAAGCGGAAAACAGCUGGAUUCAGACUGGUCAAACCCUCAGUCCAAGAACACGAGCUCGUGGGAUCCGCAGGAAUCAUAGCCAGCAUACUGUCGGCACGAAGUGAGAGCCUUGUGCGUGAGGUGACCACAUCUUCAGAGGAUGUGGGGCCAUCUGCCAGACAACCAGCAGUGAACGAAACAGUUGCUUUCGCCGGCAGAGCUAUGUUAGUUCAAGAAGACGGCAGUGCCUUUCCCGGAAAUGCGACCUUUUACCAUGCUGCCAAUAGGUCUCAGAGGGGUACGCACCGUUGGUCAAUCGUCGUGCAGAGAGUCGACGAUUCGCGCGAGAGAUACCACCAGGGUGAUCACAUCGAGGAACCUACAGAGUACACCCAGGAACCACCUUCGGAUGGAGAGCUUGUUAUUUUCACGGGAGAAGCCAUAUUCUUUUGGGCAAACAACACAGAGACCACGAUCACUUCGGGAGAAGCCACUUUCUACGGCCCAGGGGAAGAGGGAAGCAUGGAGUAA